UUAAGUUUCGUUUUCUCUUUUCAGAAAGGGGAAUUUCCUAUUGAAUGAGUGAGUGUGCAGUGACCCUUGCAGUGAAAUGCUGGACUUGACUUUUGGCGUCUCCUCGACAUUCUCUUAUGCUUAGUGAAAAUUGCAAAGGACUCGCGGAAGGCCGGUCACUUUUCCUCAGGAGAAAGAGAAGGUGAUAUUUAUGAAGUGCGUUUCGGAUGGACGUAGUGUCAUGAUGCCUGGGUCGCGAGCCCGUCAUGGAGGACUCCGCGUCGUUUGUCUUACCAACGCCGACUCCGCGUGUCGUUGUGAGCAGCACGCAGUCGCCGCGGACAGAUGAGGAUUCGGACGUGAAGCCGGACUUGCUGUUGUUGCAUUCAGUGCCCGCUUUCAUACCGAUGGGCGCCCAGCCCGAAUCGUGUUCGGGCUCCGGCUCGGAGAAGAGCACCGGCCCCAAGGAGGCGGCCAAGGAGCGGCGGCGGGCGAAGCAGCGGGAAGUUAACAGGAAUCGAAUGCGGAUGAAACGGGCGCUUUUGUCGGCGCAGGAGAGAGAGGAAGAAAGGAGGAUCAACCGUGAAAGAAUGCGAAGGAUCCGGGCUGAAAUGCCUGUUGACGAGCACGAGCGGUUCAAGCUCAAACGUCGAGAAGAGGCUAGGAUGCGCCGUGCUUUAGAAACGACGGAACAGCGCCAGGCUCGACUAAACCGUACAGGACCCAAGAGGCGCCGGAAAACCGCCUCAACCCGCACUCGGGCGUCCUCCCCGCCGCCUCCUCCACCACCUCCACCUCCUCCUACUUCGGCACCUCCUCAGGUGUACAAUACGAAAUUAUUUUCGAGAGUCUACCGGUAG